GUACUCCGCGGAGCCCUUUAACGAAAGAAAGGCGCCCCCAUUGGUUUCCGCGAUGUUUACGGACUGAGAGCCAAUCGCAUGUGGCCGCUGAUCCAGGUGAUAUCCCUCCUACCAGUAUCUCCGGAGUAGGUUUAUUUUGGUUUACCCCCAGCUCCCGUAGCGCCGCCAUUAGAGCUAGCCAAUUCGGUAACAGAAAUGGGAAUUCCGGUGUCUAAAACCCUCUGAAAUACCGCGUUGAUGCGAAGAUCGCGGUGGCGCUGAGGGUUUUAGAGGAAGGGAGGCGAAAUAACAUGGGUGUUCCGCCGCAGAAUUGCUCUGCUGUCGCGGUAAAUUGUCGGUGCUGAGCUGGAUUUGGACCCGAUAGGAUUGGGUUUCGCCAGGACAGACCUUCGGAAGAGAUCCGCUUGCAGAAGGGCAAACUCGGGAACGGUAGUGUUUGCAAACUGAAGUGUGGAGUACAACGGCAGGAGAAACUGGAGGCGCUGCGUUCCUGCGCAGGUGAUAACCGGUGAAGAACGGAGAACAGGUGGGUGGGAGGGAGGGGGGAGAUCAGCUGCGGUGACCGGCGUGCGCGAGGAUGACAGAUUUUGGCGUGAAGUGGAGCUGUGAGUACUGCACCUACGAGAACUGGGCGUCCGCCAUCAAAUGCACCAUGUGUCGUGCCCAAAGACACAACGCACCCAUCAUCACAGAAGAACCCUUCAAGAGCAGCUCCAGCCUGGACCCGCAGCUGUGCACCACCCAGGGCGGCUCCACCCUGCUCAUCUGCCCAGACUCCAGCGCUCGACCUCGCGUACGGAUCGCUGACGAGCUGCCUGAGACCAGCAGCAAAUGGUCCUGCCACAUGUGCACCUACCUGAACUGGCCCCGGGCCAUCCGCUGCACGCAAUGCCUCUGUCACAGGCAGCAGGGGUCGCAGCAGCGGCCCCUCAGCCCAUCAGAGGCCCCCCAGACCUCGUGCUCCAGACCUUCCCCUGUGAUCUCUGACCCAUGCGAGGAGUACAACGAUCGCAACCGGUUGAACAUGCACCCUCAGCGUUGGGAGUGCUCAGCCUGUACCUACGACAACUGGCCAAAGAGUCUCCGGUGUGUGGUUUGCGACCACCCUAAGCCCAACAGUACGCCUGAGACGCCCCUGCACGACUCGGAGGCGGAGAGCGCUACAUCCCAGUCCUUCGUAAACGAGCAGGAGCGAGAGAAUGUAAGGACAACAGGGGGUGGGGGGAUGAGCGGGGGAAUGCGGGGCAGGCAGAGAAAACUCUCUCCUCCUUCAUGUAAAGGGCAGGCGGAGGUGAAGAUCGAGCUGGCAUGUGGAGCGAUGGGCAGCGAUAAUGAGCAGGAGGCAGACUUUAAAAAGCUUAAACAGAUCAGGAACCGGAUGCGCAGAAGCGAUUGGCUGUUUCUAAACGCGUGCGCUGGUGUGGUGGAGGGGGAUCUGUCCGCCGUGGAGGCGUAUAAGUCAUCAGGUGGUGACAUUGCACGUCAGCUGACCACAGACGAGGUGCGGAUUCUGAACCGCCCAUCUGCAUUUGACACUGGUUUCACGCUGGUGCACCUCGCCAUCCGCUUCCAAAGACAGGACAUGCUGGCAGUACUGCUCACCGAGGUAUCUCAGCAGACAGCUAAGUGUAUACCGGCGCUGGUGUGUCCCGAAUUAACAGAACAGAUUCGCAGGGAGGUGGCCGCAGCUCUUCACAGACGUAAAGGAGAAUUUCCCUGUAACUUCUUCACUGACCUCGUGACCUUCACACUACCAGCAGAUAUUGAAGACCUUUCCCCAAACGUUCAAGAAAAAUUGUUUGAUGAGGUCCUGGAUCGAGAUGUGCAAAAAGAGCUGGAAGAGGAGUCUCCCAUCAUAAACUGGUCUUUGGAGCUGGGCACACGUCUGGAUAGCCGCCUGUACGCUCUGUGGAACAGAACCGCAGGAGAUUGUCUUCUGGACUCUGUUUUACAGGCCACGUGGGGAAUUUAUGACAAAGACUCGGUCCUGAGAAAAAGCCUCAACGAUAGUUUACACGACUGCUCUCACUGGUUCUACACACGCUGGAAAGAGUGGGAAUCCUGGUAUUCCCAGAGCUUCGGUUUACAUUUCUCCCUAAGAGAGGAACAGUGGCAGGAGGACUGGGCUUUCAUACUGUCUUUAGCAAGUCAGCCUGGUGCGAGUUUGGAGCAGACGCACGUGUUUGUGUUGGCACACAUCCUGCGCAGACCCAUCAUAGUGUACGGUGUGAAAUAUUACAAGAGCUUCAGAGGAGAGACUCUGGGAUACACUCGAUUCCAGGGUGUAUACCUGCCUCUGCUGUGGGAGCAAAGCUUCUGCUGGAAGAGCCCCAUCGCCCUCGGUUACACACGCGGCCAUUUUUCUGCCCUGGUUGCCAUGGAGAACGAUGGCUACGAUAAUCGAGGCGCAGGCGCCAACCUGAACACGGAUGAUGAUGUCACGGUCACUUUCCUGCCGUUGGUCGACAGCGAGCGAAAGCUGUUGCACAUCCACUUUCUGUCAGCACAAGAGAUGGGAACGGAGGAACAACAGGAGCGGAUGUUGAGGCAGUGGAUGGACUGUUGCGUGACGGAGGGCGGGGUUUUGGUCGCCAUGCAGAAGAGCUCUAGGAGGCGGAACCACCCGCUCGUCACUCAGAUGGUGGAGAAGUGGCUGGACGGUUAUCGCCAACUCGCCGCCUGUCCAACUCUUUCUGACGGGGAGGAAGAGGAGGAGGAUGAAGAUGAGUGAAGAACAGGUCACAUGGAAGUUCACUUGACACUACAACACGCCCCUCUUGUUUUCCCUCACAUGUAGAAACACACAACAACACACACGUCCAGCCCCAGCUGAAAAACAAACAAACCCGAGGUUUCCUUUUGAUUUUUGUCCUUAAAAACAGCAAAUUAUUUGGGUUUGUCGAAAAUAAAGGAAUGCAAUCAUGAUUGUAUUUGUCUUUGCAAAGUACGUUCUUUGCUUUUUGUUUGCGUUUUGUUUUUAAUUUUUUGUCGCAAUGCUUGUAGUGACGUAAGAGAAAGGAUGAUGCGCUUUUGAGAGAAAGAUAUUUAAUAGGUAAAUUGCAGCAAUUUAAGCACCCUUUUUAAAACUGGUUCUGUUUGUUAUGGAGCCGACGCAAAGGUCUACUUAUGUUUGUGUUGCGUUACUCUAGAUUGAGAUAACUAAAACAUAAUUCACUACACGUUUGAAAACAUGCAUUCACAUAACUAAUCUCACUCAAAGUAGGGCUGUUAUGUUUUCUGUUUAAAUAAAGCUUGGUUCUUUGUUUUCACCUGGACGUGGAGGAGAAAUCCUGGACGUUUGAAUUUCUAACAACUUUUCUCUAUUUAUCUGAGUAAUAUUUUGUGAGCCAUAGAAAUGAAUGAUUUUUCACACAUACUCGCUUCUUAUCCCAUUUCUGAAGUGUGUUUUGAACACACUGUGUGUCGAACUUUAACACAGAUGAGAUUUCACACCCUCAAGUCAUUUCAACUCUUUUUUUUUCAACGUGGUCCGUUUCACUCUUUCAGUUCUGUAUUUUUGUGUCCUAUGUCAUUUGUGAAUGUCUCUGCCCAGAGUUUCUCAGUGUAUGCUUCUGAACUUCUGUACACAACAGUCAUCAAAGACUUGAUUUAGACCAAAGUGAAUAUUGAGAGAUCUGUGGAUUGUUUUCUUUUGCAGUGCUAAUAUAACCGGUCAUGUUUGUUUUCCCAUGAUUCGUUACAUCUCAUCACCUCUUGUAUUUGUGUCCAAAUCCAACAUAUUACGCACUCGCAUCUUUGUUUUAUUUUCCUUUUUAAAUUAUGUAAUAGUAGCCGCUACACUAUGGCAUAUUUGAUAUAUAAGGUGGAGACCAAACUUGGUGAUAUUUGAAGACCUAAGUGUUUUGAAUGUCCAACUAUGAAACUAUUAUAAAACUUCAAAUACGAAAA